CCCGUCCUUUCACUUGUACCCCUCUUGCUAUGACCAUCAGACCGAUGAAAUUCACGCCCGAGGUUCUCCUCGGCGCUCCCAGACGCUCCCCUGCCCUCCCUAACGCGGCUGGGACACUCGCGGUGUAUACGCAGACGUCGUACUCUUUCGAAUCCCAUUCCAAGACUAAUGAGAUCCGCGUGUUGGAAAUCGCGACCGGUCGCUCGGCUCUCAUCACCAAUGACCCCGGGGCGAGCAGCCCUCGGUGGCUGGAUAACACUGACCAGCUGGUCUGGUUGAAGGAGAAGGCCAACGGCAAUACCAGUUUCAUCGUCGGGGAUGCGCGCGAGGCCGAUAAAACCUACACUGCAGGCACGGUCCCUGGCCCGGUGUCGGACUUGAAGAUGACGGUCAUCGAGCCUGGUAAGAUCGGGUUCGCAGUCACGGGCAAGGCCAAUGCCGACGGGUCGCUGUUCAACCCGCACGAUGCUAAGAAGCCUCUUAGCACAGGCAGAGUGUUCACAUCUCUGUUUGUCAGGCAUUGGGACUCCUACAUUGAGCCUCAGAAGAACGCCAUCUGGUAUGGCGUGCUGCAGCGGACGCCGUUAGCACCUGCCAGUCGCCAGGCAGGCAAAUACUCUCUGUCAGGCCUGACCAACCUGAUUGCCGUCUCUGGUCUGGCUGGAGUCGAAUCGCCCAUCCCGCCCUUUGGAGGCACCGGGGACUUUGACCUCAGUCCGACGGCGAUUGUCUUCGUCGCCCGAGACCCCGAAGUGAGCCCGGCCACCCACACGGCGUGUGCGUGUUAUUACUGUCCUAUGUUCUCGUGGACGGGGUUGAGUACCGCGCAGCAACAAGAGGAUGUCAAGAUACAUCGUGUGUCGAAGCUGGACGGCGCUAUGUCGUCGCCAGUUCUCUCGUCAGACGGUGGGUCCCUUGCAGUGCUGGUCAUGCAAGAGGAUGGCUACGAGUCUGACAAGAACCGGAUCAUGUACGUCCCCAACCCGUGGAACGGGGAACUAGUUGAGAUCUUCGAGUCUCCCGAUGGUCGAGGCCUCUGGGAUCUGAGCCCCUCGGCCAUUUCUUUCGCCAGUGACGACCAGUCUCUGUUGAUCCAAGUUGAGGAAACGGGCAGGGGAGUGCUCUACCAACUUUCUCUGGAAAACUUUCGUCGGGCCAUCCCGAAGGACCUGAAGAAACUCACCCUUUCUGGCUACGUGAACGACGUGACUCCGGCAGCUGCCAAUUCUUCCAAGCUCUUUAUCUCCAGUAGUAGCUUGGUGGACAACAGUACCUGGACCAUUAUCGACCCUGCGAAUCCCAGAGAGGUACAGCUAGUCUCGUCCAACAGCCGCCAUGGCGCGGCUUUCGGUCUUUCGCCCCAUCAAGUCGACGAGACCUGGUUCAAGGGAGCGAAUGACCAUCCCGUGCAUGCCUGGGUGGUGAAGCCCUCGAACUUUAAACCAGGCGAAAAAUAUCCGCUGGCCUACUUGAUCCACGGAGGGCCACAGGGAGCCUGGAAUGACCAGUGGAGCACGCGCUGGAACCCGGCAGUUUUCGCGGAACAGGGAUACGUCGUGAUCACACCCAAUCCCACCGGUAGCACCGGCUAUGGACAAGAUUUCACGGAUGCCAUAAAAGGGUCCUGGGGCGGACUCCCAUAUAUCGAUAUCCAAAAGGGCUUCGAACAUAUCGAGAAGAACCUCAAUUAUGUCGAUACGAGUCGGGCGGUGGCGCUCGGAGCCUCAUACGGAGGCUUCAUGGUCAACUGGAUGCAGGGCCACUCACUUGGACGCAAAUUUAAGGCCCUGGUGACCCACGACGGCAUCUUCAACUUGACCAAUGCCCUGGCAAGUGAAGAGCAGUACUUCCCCCUCCACGACCUUGAAGGGCCAUUUUGGAAAAAGCCCGAGAAUUGGGAUCGGUGGGAUCCUGCCCGGUUCACCCAGAAUUGGGAGACACCUCACUUGAUCAUCCACAACGAGCUCGACUACCGGCUCCCGAUCUCCGAUGGUCUGGGCGCCUUCAAUGUCCUCCAGAUGCGUGGCGUGGAGAGUGCAUUCCUGACCUUCCCCGACGAGAACCACUGGGUCCUGAAGCCAGAAAACUCUUUGGUCUGGCACCAAACAGUCUUGAACUGGAUCAACAAAUAUGUCGGACUGCCGCCUAUCAGCAAAGGCAACAACUUCCUUGCCGACCAACAAACCGAAGUAGACCCUGGCGUCGCCGGUUUGUCCCUUCAGUAA